UAUACAAAAAGAGCAAUGGCGUAACGCUUCAAGCUUAAGAUAUCGCGUGUCUUCUUCCCUUCCUUCCAAUCUUGCCGCUCCAAAAAUCCUUCUGAUUUCCCUAACCCUAUGUUCAAUUCCCUCCAUUUACCGCCACCACCGCACAAACCAUCGUCCUUAGAGCUUCCUCCUUACUCCUCCCUCAAACAUCACGUUUCCACCGCGUUCUCCUCAAUGGGUUGCGGCCUCUGACCAAGAUUUUCUGCGCAGUGUUCCUCUGAGACUGACUGUUGCAAUGACUCACCUCCGCGACCAACACCAGAGUUUCAUUGGGAAAGAGAAGAUAGAAGGCACGUGAUCACCAAAGUUCACGAUGACGACCACACCCCCCGUCGCAAAAUCUACAAUAUCUCUGAAAAUGACGAUGACUUUUUUAUCUCUCGAUCUAAGCCUCUCAACAUGGAGAUGAAGAGAAAACGACGAUACAAAAAGAAGAAAACGACACCGAGCUUUGACGAUGAAGAAACAGAAACCGUAGUCUCAUCUUCUGGGAGCUUCUCGGCUGAUUCCUUUUCAGAGUUCAACGCUAACUUGGAAAGCAUACGUGAAACAAUGCCAAUGAGGCAUGGAAAGAGGAGAAAGAAAAACAAGAAAGUGAAGAAAUCAACUAGAAGGAAUGAGAUGAUGAUGCAGGAGAUGAGCGAAUCGCCAGCGAGAUUGUGGAGCUUUUUGCAAUGGGUGGUGGUACCUUGCACGGUGGAAGGGAAAGUGAGGGAGAGUUUUGCAGUGGUGAAGAAAUCGGAGGAUCCCUAUAAGGAUUUUAACAGGUCAAUGAUGGAGAUGAUAUUGCAGAAACAACUGUUUGAAGAUGAAGAUUUGGAACAACUCUUGCAUUGUUUCUUGUCUUUGAAUUCAAGGCAUCAUCAUGGGACUAUUGUACAGGCUUUUACUGAGAAUUGGGAGGCUUUGUUUUCUCGAAGAUCGACUAGUGUUGGGGUUUCUUGUGCUCUUAAUUAAUAAACUAAAUCAUUAUCAAAAUUAAUAUAAUAAAUAAUCAAGCUUUUAAUUUCUUUUUUGUUAAUGUUACUGUGUGUGUUUGCAAAAUUUCUCAUCACUCUCUAAUCAUAGCUAUGUCACAUCAUUAACAUUGUACUAACUAAUUUUAGUUUAAUGUUAUUGUUCUUCUAUCA